UGCAUUCCCCCCGCCUCGCCCGGGCACGCCGCAACCGCCGGGCGCCGCUCGGAGAGGCGCCGAGGAUGCCCCGGCCCGGCGCGUUGCUCUGCGCCGUUCUCCUGCUGCUGCUCCUCAGCCCCGCGCCAGGCUCCGGUCAGGCAGUGUGUGCAGGGACGCUGAACGGGCUGAGUGUGACAGGCGAUGCGCAGCAUCAGUACCGAACGCUGCACAAAAUGUACAACAACUGCGAGAUCGUCAUGGGCAACCUGGAGAUCGUCCUCAUUGACCACACGCAGGACCUCUCCUUCCUACAGACCAUCCGGGAGGUGACGGGUUACAUCCUGAUUGCCAUGAACGUUUUCUCCACGCUGCCUCUGCGCAACCUGCGCGUCAUCCGCGGGACGCAGUUCUAUGAGGAGAAGUACGCGCUCUUCGUGCUGCUCAACUACAACCCCAACGCCACGCACGCGCUGCGCCAGCUCGGCCUCAACCGCCUCACAGAGAUCCUGGCGGGCGGUGUUUACAUUGAGAAGAACGAGCAGCUGUGCCACGUGGACACCGUGGAGUGGAGGGACAUCAUGCGGGACCCCCGGCUGGAGCCCGUGGUGGGGGACAACGGCAGAGCGUGCGCCCCGUGCCACGAGAGCUGCGGAGGGCACUGCUGGGGGCCGGGACCCGAUGAUUGCCAGCAGUUGACGAAGACCAUCUGUGCCCCGCAGUGCAACGGGCGCUGCUUCGGGCGGGCGCCCAACGAGUGCUGCCAUGAGGAGUGUGCGGGGGGCUGCACCGGUCCCCUCCAGACCCACUGCUUCGCGUGCCGACACUUCAAUGACAGCGGUGCCUGCGUCCCGCUGUGCCCGCAGCCGCUCAUCUACAACAAGCUGACCUUCCAGCUGGAGCCCAACCCCGACACCAAGUACCAGUAUGGCAGCGUCUGCGUGCGGAGCUGCCCCCAUAACUUCGUGGUGGAUCAGAGCUCGUGCGUGCGCGCCUGCCCCAGCAACAAGAUGGAAGUGGAGAAGAACGGGCUGAAGAUGUGCGAGCCGUGCGCCGGGCUGUGCCCCAAAGCCUGUGAGGGCACUGGGGCUGGCAGCCAUUACCAAACGGUGGAUUCCAGCAACAUCGACAGCUUUGUGAACUGCACCAAGAUCCUGGGCAACCUGGACUUCCUCAUCACCGGCCUGGAGGGGGACCCCUGGCGCAACAUCUCGGCGCUGGACCCUGAGAAGCUGAACGUGUUCCGCACGGUGCGGGAGAUCACAGGUAGGAGUGGAGCCGGGGGUGGGGUCCGGGGUUUCUCCCUUCUCAUCAUGAAAAACGACAACGUGACGUCUCUGGGGCUGCGCUCGCUGCGGGAGGUGAGCGCAGGACGGGUUUACAUCACGGAGAACCGCCGGCUGUGCUACCUGCACACGGUGCAGUGGGCAGCGCUGUCCCGGCGCCGCGCCGACCUCGACAUCCGCAACAACAAACCGCGUGGCAAAUGCCAGCAAGAGGGGAAGGUGUGCGACCCGCUGUGCUCUGCUGAUGGCUGCUGGGGGCCCGGCCCUGCGCAGUGCCUGUCCUGCAGGCACUACAGCCGCCGUGGGGUCUGCGUGGAGUCCUGCAGCUUCACCCAGGGUGAGACGCGGGAGUUCGCCGAAGGGACGGAAUGCUUCGAGUGCCACCCGGAGUGCGAGCGCGUGGAGGGCGGCAUCACCUGCAACGGCUCAGGCGCUGACACCUGCACCCGCUGCGCCCAUUAUCGUGAUGGACCCCACUGUGUGGAGCGCUGCCCCGAAGGCAUCCUGGGCGAGCGCGGCCCCAUCUACAAAUACCCAGACAGCAGCCAGGAGUGCCGGCCCUGCCAUGAGAACUGCACCCGUGGGUGCACAGGGCCAUUGCUGCGGGACUGCCUGGGGGAUGCACUGCCCAGUGCCAGGAGAGCCCCCACAGUGAUCGCAGUGCUGGUGGUGGGGGGGCUCUUCCUCUCCUGCUCCUGCGUCCUGCUCUCCCUGCUCUAUUGGCGUGGCAAGAAGAUCCAGAAGAAGCGGGCGAUGCGGCGCUACCUGGAGCGGGGGGAGAGCCUGGAGCCGCUGGACCCCAGUGAGAAGGCCAACAAGGUGCUGGCUCGCAUCUUCAAGGAGACGGAGCUGAAGCGGCUGAAGGUGUUGGGCUCGGGGGUGUUUGGCACCGUGCACAAGGGCAUCUGGAUCCCAGAUGGUGACUCCAUCAAGAUCCCAGUGAGCAUCAAGGUGAUCCAGGACUGGAGCGGGCAGCAGUCCUUUCAUGCUGUCACCGACCACAUGUUGGCCAUUGGCAGCCUGGACCACGCUUACAUCGUACGGCUGCUGGGCAUCUGCCCCGGCCCCCAGCUGCAGUUGGUGACGCAGCUGCUGCCGCUGGGUUCACUGCUCGACUACGUGCGCAAGAACCGCGGCAGCAUCAGCCCGCAGCUGCUGCUCAACUGGUGUGUGCAGGUGGCCAAGGGGAUGUAUUACCUGGAGGAGCACCGCAUGGUGCACCGCAACCUGGCGGCGCGCAAUGUGCUGCUCAAGUCGCCCAGCCAGGCGCAGGUGGCCGACUUUGGCAUUGCUGAUCUGCUCUACCCUGAUGACAAGAAGUACUUCUACAACGAGGUCAAGACACCCAUUAAGUGGAUGGCACUGGAGAGCAUCCAUUUUGGGAAGUACACACACCAGAGCGACGUGUGGAGCUAUGGAGUGACGCUGUGGGAGAUGAUGACCUUUGGGGCUGAGCCGUACGCCGGGAUCCGCUUGCCAGAAGUUCCUGACCUGCUGGAGAAGGGCGAGCGGCUCCCGCAGCCCCACAUCUGCACCAUCGACGUCUACAUGGUGAUGGUGAAAUGCUGGAUGAUCGAUGAGAACAUCCGCCCCACCUUCAAGGAGCUGGCCAACGAGUUCACCCGCAUGGCGCGUGACCCCCCCCGCUACCUGGUCAUCAAGGAGAGUGGGGCUGUGCCGCCCGCUGAGCCCCCCACCCUGAGCGACAAAGAGCUGGAUGAGAUGGAGACACUGGAGCUGGAGGAGGAGGAGCUGGAUGUGUCCUUUGGCCUCUGCCCCCCUCGGCCACGGGGCAGCUGCACUCGGAGUCCCAGCCUGCUGAGCCCUCCAGCUGGAUACAUCCCCAUGAACCAGCCCGGCCUCAGCAGCCGCCAGGGCACUGGGACGCGUCCACCGCGCCGCAGCCGCCAGGAAUCUGUGGGGCGGACGGUGUCGGAGUCAUCGGAGGGCCGGGGCACGGCCUCAGAGCUGGACCUGGCCGAGGGGCUGUCGCUGUCGGGCAGCCUCUGCCGCAGCCUGCGCUCACGGGGGGACAGCGCGUACCUGUCCCAGAGGGAGAGCUUCCCCCCCCCGCCCCCCAGCUCAGAGGGCAGUGAGGAGGAUGCCAAUGGCUACGUCACACCCAGCUGCGCCGGACGGGAACCAGAGCCCACGGGGGGCUCAGCACCGGAGCUGGAGGAGGAGUACGAGUACAUGAACCGGCAGCCUGGGGCCUCUCUACAAGCCCCCCCACCUCGGCCAGCCUCGCUGGAGGAGCUGGGCUACGAAUACAUGGAGGUGGGCUCAGAGCUGGGCAGCCCCGUAGGGCCCUCCCCGGGCCGUGGGGAGGAGGAGGAGGACUAUGAGUACAUGAACAAGCAGCCGCGGCUGAGCCGCUCGCUGGGCAACGUGGUGGGGGGGCCGGGCCCCCGGCAUGAGGGCUGCCCCCCCCGACAUGACGGCUACACCGACAUGCGUCCUGGGGAGCCCGCCCCGGCCCCACCUGAGGAGCAGGGCUACGAGGAGAUGGAGGCGGUGCUGGCCCCCCGUGGCCCUCCCUGCCCUGGCUGCCGCAGCCCCCCCGGACCCCCCCCAGCCUGCAUGAAGCCCCUGCGCAGCCUGGAGGCCUCGGACUGUGCCUUCGACAACCCCGACUACUGGCACAGCCGCCUCUUCACGAAGAUGGACGCCCAGCGGACGUAGGGACCCUCUGCCCCCCCAGCUGUUUACACUGGAUAUGAAGGAUCAUCCCCCCCCACACUGGUGCUGGAUGGAGGACACAAGACAAAGAUCCAUGGGGGACAUGAAGACAUGGGAUUUGGGGGGGGGCAGCCCUGCCUGGGUGUGGGGCUGAUCCCAAACCCUCCAGGCCCCAUUGAGGGGGGCUUGGACCCCUCUCCUCUCCACUGCCAUGCUCCAGCGG